CCACCCGGGCUGACCGGGCGUUGCUGCGAGAGAACGGCACCGUUAUUUUAUUAGCCGUUUAUUAGCGCCCCCAUGGCCCAUGGCCGGCGCACCGGGAGCGCGAACACUGGCAGCGGCAGGCAGGCACCACCAUGCUCGGCGCCGUCCUCCGGAUGCGGCUCCGCGUGCUCCGCCGCCACCUCCGCCUCCGCCUCCACGGCCGCAGGCGGCGGCGGCGCUGUCGGUCCCGGAGAGGGGGCGGCGGCGCGGCGGGGGGCGAGGAGGAGGGGGUGCGCGAGCCGGUGCUGCUCGUGUCCGGGAUGGGCGGGUCGGUGCUGCACGCGCGGCGGCGGUCCGACCCCAAGUUCGACCUCCGGGUCUGGGUGCGCAUCCUCCUCGCCGACCUCGAGUUCAAGAAGUUCCUCUGGUCGCUCUACAACGCCAAAACCGGGUAUGUGGAGUCGUUGGACGACGAUGUGGAGAUUGUGGUGCCGGGCGACGAUCAUGGCCUCUUCGCCAUCGACGUUCUCGAUCCUUCCUGGGUGAGUGAGCUUAUGGUUGCUAGUUCAGUGAAUGGAGUUCAAUGGUAGAUCUUUUCUUCCGUUCGUUCGAUGAACUGUACACUGGCGAUAGUUUUUUUUUUUUUGCCCCUUUCUGUGAGCAUGGCCGGUGGGAGUUUUUUGGGGGCGAUUCUUGUGACACUUGGUGUCUGUUAAUUGGGGCAAAUGGGAAGGGAGAAGAGGAAGUGGACAUAUAGAGAUAGAGGGAUCAGUGAUGGAUAUCCGUUUCGUACUGUCGUAUGGAGAGCUUUCUUGUCCUUUUACUUACUAGUGCUCUUGGAGAAUAGAUAACAGGAUAGGGACAGGCAUUUGGUACAUAUGGACUGCACAUUGCAUUUAGAUUGUGGACCGACUAGGAUGAAAAAAAUGGAUUUAUGUGGACCAUGGUUGCUUACCACAGGAAAAAAAAUACUGAGCCGGAGCUAUUAUAGUCCAUCAAAUUUGUAUUUAUAUUCUCUUAACUUCAAGGAAUGAAGUCAUGCUUUCGCUCAUGAAA